GUCCUUUGAAAUUGAUUGCGCCCGCACUCACUCCACAUUCUCUAACCGAAUUCCGUUCACGCAAAAACGAUGAGAAUUCUACGCCUCAUUCUCUUCUUCUCCGUCGCCAUCGCCGCCGCCAUCGCCUCGGAGGCGGCGGCGGCGGAAGAUCAGGAGCCUGCUCCUCCGACCACCGCCAACGCCUCCGAGUUCAUCCGCACGAGCUGCGAGACGACGCAGUACCCGGAGCUCUGCUACCACUCUCUAUCCGGCUACGCCAACGCAGUGCAGCAGGAUCCGGCUCGGCUCGCGCUUGUAGCCAUCGGCGUUAGCCUCUCACGCGCCACCGGUAUGUCCGCCUACCUCGCGAACCUCACGCGCGGUCGGAAUCGAAACGACUUCUCCGAUCCACGCGCCGCCGCAGCGCUCCGCGACUGCUCCGCCGUGUUCGGCGACGCGGUAAGCCAGAUGCGCGGCUCGAUUAAUCAGAUGCGGCGGCUGUCGACGUUCGGCGAGGAGCUGAGGUUCCAGAUGAGCAACGUGCAGACGUGGAUGAGCGCCGCCUUGACGAACGAGGAGACGUGUACGGACGGAUUCGACGGCGUGAUGGACGAUCCGAUUAAGAUCGACGUCUGUGAUCGGACAGUCAGUGUGAAGGAAGUUACCAGCAAUGCGCUGGCACUCGUCAACAGUUUCGCUGCCAAUUGCUGAUUAAACCUAAGGUUAUAUUUAUAUUUAUAUAGUAUAUAAUUAAUAAUUAAUUAUUUAUUUGCUAAAAUUCAUUAUGAAUUUAUUAAAUUGAGUGAAAAAAAUAUAAUAAUCAGUAUUGUUCAAUUUAAUUUAAUUUUUGUGUGGAGGAAUCUGCAUUCAGUGA